AUGUACUACAAGGACAUUAGCAGCUGCAGAUAUUCAGGUCUUGUCUAUGAAACGGACACGGUGGCGUGCGACUCUGAGCACUCCUCCGUCGUAACCUGUAACGCGACGGCGGGUCUCAGCGUCAGCCCCUGUGGCUCCUUUAUGCGUUGCCAUGGAAACAGCCAGUGUGUGUUGAACCCCACCUGCACUGUGACUGGACCCGCUGUCAUCGAUUUCAGCGGCAAUGUCACCUUUAUCCAGAAUCGCUGUGCGUACACUCUGAUGUCACUUCCGGGCCUUAAGCUGCUUGCCACCUUCCAGGAACGCCGUCGUAAAGACGUUAGUUUUUUGGACAGUGUGAUCCUGCGUCUGGAUGGGCCGUCCUUGGACAUUGAACUGGGACAAAGCGGGAAAGUACAACUGGACAACACAACGCUGAGCCUGAACAGCUCGUCUCAGACGAAGCACAACGUGGAGCUCUCUAAGGAUCAAAACGGAGUCACCGCCAAAGUGUCGCUCUCCAACCUCACUGCUUUUGUCAUCUUUGAUGGCACCACCGCACAGAUCCGCAUGAAUGGAUCGGCCUCCCUGCAAGGUUUAUGUGCAAACUCCAGCAGCUCUCUAAGUGAAGUCAAGUUCACCGAGUUCAGCUCCGCUAGCUGCGAGACAGAGCACAAUGACACCGCUGACAGUCAGAUCAACUGCACCAUGAUGACUGAACGCUGUAAUCUCCUGAAGGAGGCGCCGUUCACCUCCUGUAGCUACAUCGACCCGGAGCCCUACAUCACUGCCUGCAACAACACACUGUGCAGAUACCCGGCGGUGGACAAUCUCCAGUGUCAGUUCAUGGAGGCCUACGCCAGAGCCUGUGGCCUUCUCAACGACACUCAGGAUAGCUGGAGGUCAAAGACCAGCUGCUGUGACCUGACGGUCUGCGAGAACAACACUGCUACAGUUAAUCUGCCGGGUUGUCUCCUGACAGAAAGAGCCAUCAACCACUCUGUUUUACACCUCAACAACGACAGCUGUAGAGGUUAUAUGGAUGAAAAGACCCACAUUGUGACCUUCAGCUUCAACAGUAGCGACCCCUGUGGGGCAGUGAUCUUGGCCGACAACAAGACAGUUAUCUACAAAAACACCAUCAAGACAACCAACAGCAACUCGUCUGCUCUGAUCUCUCGCCAAGGCACCAUAAACCUCGACUUCUCCUGCUUCUACAGCCAGCCGGACGACAAACAGAUAACUUUCAAAAUCAAAGGAAGCACUGGGCUUCAGCAGGUUAUAUCUGGAACUUGGAAUUACAGUCUGUCUAUGAGCAUGUGCAGUGACGCCGAAUGCACUAAACCCAUGAACCUUACCAACGGGGUCACGAUGGGCCAAACCAUCUACAUGAACCUGGACACCAACGGGCUGGAUGGCAACGUAAUCAACCUUGUGACCGAGUCUUGCUCUGCAACCAGCAAGGCAAAUGACAAUGGUGGUCCAAAAUAUGACCUCGUCAAAAACGGCGCAUACUAUCGGUAUCUUGCAGCGGGUGAUAUGGCUGCUCACAACCACGCCCCCAUCGAACGGGCUUUAGCACGCGUUGCUGAGUGGCGCAAAGGUAGACCUCGGGGCAGAAGGCUGGGAUGGAGUCAAGAUGGCUGCACCACAGCGGCUGAGUUACAGACGAGCCAGCCUGGCAGCAGCCAGCACGCCUCUAAGAACAAUACAGAAGUGCUGUGGUUGAACUGUGGACUGGUGGUGGUCACCCGUAUCACGUCAUGUUACUGUGGAACCAAAACCAGCCAGGAGAGCCGGAUUGUGGUGACUGCCAGUGGAGCAGCUGUGGAGCAGACAGCAGGCUGCUGGCCGACGUGUCGGGACAAGGAGACCCUCACCUCGCGGGUGGGGGUGUCUCCUUCGAACAAGUGUUCCAGACAGGAAGCAUGUGACAAAUGGGAGGAGCCUCAGCACUUCAACACCCGGCUGGACCAAUGUGUCAACAUCUCUGUAUCGCCUAGCGACAUGUCAGUCACCUCCCCGGCAACCCAGUUAACCAUCCAAGUGCAGAACGUCCCGGCGCUGUCGGGGGGCGUGUCCUGUGUGUUUGAGGACCUAAGUGAAACCCCCGGAGAGGUUCUGGCUAAAGGUCAGGUGAUGUGUAUGUCACCGUCACUAAGAGAGCUGCCGACACACACACACUCCUACGGAGAGAAACGUGUUGUUCAGCUCAGCCUUCGAUCCACUGAGACCGGACACCACUUCAUCACCACCAGCUUCAUCUACUACAACUGCUCUGUGCUCAACUCGUGUACUUCCUGUGUCAGCAGUGAGUUUCCGUGUCAUUGGUGUAAAUAUCGUCACAUCUGCACCAACAACCUGCAGGACUGUUCCUUCCAGGAGGGCCGAGUCAGCAGCAUGGAGGGUUGUCCUCAGAUCCUCCCCACCUCUGACAUCCUGGUCCCGGCCGGGAUGGUUCGUCCAAUCACGUUGCGAGCUCGUAACCUCCCCCAGCCUCAGUCGGGUCAGAAGAACUAUGAGUGUGUGUUUAACAUCCAGGGGAAAGUACAACGCAUACCUGCAGUCCGCUUCAACUCCUCCUGCAUCCAGUGCCAGAACACCUCGGUGAGACACUCUACACUACCCAGCAUGCACUGCUCCUCGGGGCAAUGA